UUCGACUGAACAGACGUUAGCUUUGUCCCCUUUCUCUUCAUCGAGUGAGAAUCGAAUCAAUAAGGAGGAACCGUUUGAUUUCAUUGUUCAAAAUCCAAGAAAAGGAUACAUUUGCGUCGACGACUGACUCCAAUCGAUGUCAUCUGCGUCUACGGCGGUGCGUCCGGUGGCUGGAACUGGGUUACCGGAGAAGGCGGCAGCAGCUCUGGUCAAUUCAUUUCGUUUGGCCUCCGUGACGCAACGGUUAGCUUUCCACAUUCAGACCGGCGCCAAAAGCGACGUCAAAGAGUUCCAAAGCUGCUGCAUCUCUCUCGCCAAAGGAAUUGAUUUUGCGAUAGCUAAUAAUGAAAUCCCGAAGAAGGUUGAAGAUCUUCCCUCCUUGCUUAAACAGGUGUGCCGACAUAGAGAUGAUGUCUACACUAAGACUGCUGUUUUGGUGCUCAUGAUCUCUAUUAAGCAUGCUUGUAAACUGGGAUGGUUUUCAGAUAGCGAGGCUCAAGAACUCAUCGCCCUUGCUGAUCAGAUGAAAAAUGGUUUCGGGAAUCCUGAAAACACUAUCCCUGUUAUUCAAAGUCCUGGUGGUACAUUAUCGCAGAUCAUGGAGAGGUUUUAUCCACUUGUGAAGCUUGGGCAUGUUCUUGUUUCUCUUGAAGUGAAGUCUGGCUAUACAAUGCUUGCACAUGAUUUCCAUAUCUCGAAGAAUAUGCCGCAUUCUCCUCAAGAGAAAAUUCGGCUAUUUGUUGUCCAGACAGAAAACAUAGACACGUCCGCCUGUAUUAUCAAUCCUCCAGAAGUCAGCUUCAUUUUAAAUGGAAAGGUGGUCGAGAAGAGAGUUAAUAUCUCAAUGGAUUCGGGGCCUCAACUCCCAACAAAUGUUACUGCCAUCCUCAAAUACGGAACAAACCUCUUACAAGUUAUGGGCAAUUCCAAUGGUCAUUACAUCAUUGUAAUUGCUUUUACGGGUUUAGCACAGCUACCUGAAAAACCAGUUCUUAAAGAGUAUGUGCAGUCUGGAGUGGUCGAGGCAAGUCCAGAUUCUGACAUCAUUGAGGGGCCAUCUCGAGUAUCUCUCAGAUGUCCUAUAAGUCGCAGCCGGAUCAAGCUUCCAGUCAAGGGCCAGUUGUGUAAACAUCUUCAGUGUUUUGAUUUCUGGAAUUAUGUCAACAUUAAUAUGAGAAACCCAUCCUGGCGCUGCCCUCACUGCAAUCAACCUGUUUCCUACCCAGAGAUCCGUUUAGAUCAAAACAUGGUCGAGAUAUUAAAGGAUGCGGGGCGCAAUGCUGCUGAUGUAGUCAUCCAUGCCGGUGGUACAUGGAAGGUUGCAAUGGAAAAUAAUGGAAACGAGGAACCUGUCCGUGAUGCAAUAAUCCAUGAUCUUGAAGAUCCAAAUAGCUUGUUAAAUGCUGGUCCUGUUGUCUUGGAUCUUACUGGGGAUGAUGAGGACGAUGCUGAUAUUGAACUAUUUGGUAGCACCAGCAAGGCUGUGGACCAGAAGCCCCACUUGUCAGAUGCUCAGGGUCAAUCUAAUAAUAACAACGCAAACAAAGAUGCUUCAGUCGACGAUUACUGUUCUAUGUUUAACUUCUCGGAUGUGAUAUCACUUGACGAGGUGAUGCUAGAUCACUUGAAUACUGGAACUGGUCAGGAUUACUCAAACUUAUCUCAAGUACCCAUGCCUCGAGAUCCAGCACAUGUACCUGCGCCAUUCUCACAGGCACCAUCUCCAAGAGAGAGACCAGCAGCUACUUCCACCGUCUUCCCAUCUUCUCGGGUUCAUGCUUCACCUGUUACUCCCGCUGGAACAUAUCUUAGUAGAACCUCCAGUCAGAUGUCAUCAUUGACAACUUCAUCACAGAGCCGGGUGCACCCAGUCCAAGUUACAAGCCAGUCUCUUGGGAAUGGAUCAUCUUUGGCUCAGUCUCCGCGUAUCCCUAGAGUACUUGCUCCCCAGCCUAACAGUUAUUUCGCACGAAGUCUAAACAGUAACCAUUUAACCACUCAGACGCAGCGGCCGAGUAGUCCCCCUGUUCUAUCAGUUUCCCGAACCAGUGACCUAAUGGAUGUGGACUCGGCUACUCCUGAUACAAGCAACUGGCGCCCAAGGAUGCGAGGCAGUAUUACCCCCGGUUCAUAUUCCCCUGCUCUUGACCACAUGAUCAUCCGACCUACCCAGCAGUCUCAGACUAGGCUUCAAGUUUCACAACCGGGACAGACGCCACCGGUUCAGACAUCUCAGGCUCUGCCACCGUUUUCAACCGCCCCUCCGACUUUCACGAGGCCUUCUGGACCGACAGCACCAUGGGGAAUUUGAGAGACCAGAACAAGGGAAGCUUGAUGCUUAGACCAUCCGCAACGGCGGUCCAAGAGGGGUCCGUAGCCCAAAUCCUUAGCCCAAAAGGAAUAUAAUAUUGAUAAUUGGGUUAAGAUUUUGACGGAUCAAUCCGUAAAUAAGGGCUUGAAGGACCAAGUCCUUGUGUCACGUGGCGUCUGAUGGUUGGCUCGGUGAGCUAUUGGGUUCGGGGUUGUGGAAAAAAAAUUCAUUCACGACCGAAGGCGAAAAAAAAAAAGCAGAGCUCCAGACGAAAAGGCGAUUUGUCUCCGUCGUCGACCGUAUUCUUCCGUGAUCUUCAAAGGCCAACAAACUAUGGGACAAGACUAUAGCUACACUCAGCCUUCUUCAUCUGACGAGUUUGACAUGACCUGUUUACUUCAAGCAGAAGCUGAUCUCUACGCGGAUGAAGGUGAGAGUAGCUACACACCGGAACCUGAAGCUGAUGAAGGAAUCCCCAGGACAUGUUAUUGCGGUAAUGAGCCUGUUGUUGCAACGUCUUACACUCCUAAAAAUCCAGGAAGGAGGUACUUCUCCUGCGACAAUGUUGACGAUGGAGACUGCCACAUCUGGAAAUGGUGGGAUGUGGCGAUUCAAGAAGAGCUUGGUGAAAUGCAAAGACAAGUUAGGAUGCUCAAAGAUCAAUUCUUUGAGAGUGACCAGAAGGUGGCUAAGCUUGAGAAGAUCGUCGGUGCAUUAACGAAGAAGAAAUCAAUGGUUAAAUAUGGGUUUGCAAAGGGAGUUUGUCUACUGGUCUUGGUAAUCUUGGUCAUCGUAAUGGGCUGGAAGAGCUUCGGAGGAUUUAAACAACAAUGUCGGAACUCGAGAUGGGCUUCACAGGUUCAGCAGUAGGACAUGUGACCAGAGUCACGGGUGGUGCAGUAGGACAUGUGACCGGAGUCACGGGUGUAUUUGAAGUUUUUUGUUGUUUUCCUCAUGUGACCAGAGUCACGGGUGGUGCAUUGAGGGUGUAUAAGUAUCAGUAAUUUCUUGCGGAAUUAGAUAUCUCUCUUGCUGUGUUUCCUCUCUAUCAAACUUGUCUCCUUUUGUUGUAAUCCAAGGCUGUAUUAUUUUAACUACAAUCCCGAAGUGUAAUCGACGAAGUUUGCUUCUCUUUAUGUAACUUCUCUUUAGGUAACUGCUUUUGAUUGUUAUAAGAGUUUGCUUCUCAUCCAA